AUGACAAGGACAUUGGAGAAGAGACUAAAGAUUCUUAUUAUACUCUCACACACCUUCCUAGGCAUGGGAUUGCUUUUUCUGCAAAUCUAUCAUGUCAGAACGGUCUUUGAGGUCAAGACAAAUUUCAGUCAUUUGUCAAAACUCGAGAGGGAGACGCUCUUUUCAUCCGAACAUGGAUUGUAUUAUUCCUUUUACAAGAGACUCGCUGAAGCAAAGUCCUUCUCUGGGGGCCUUGAGAGGCUCAUUCAUGACAAUCUCACCGAAUACCCCAGUACUAUUAAUUCCAUCCACAAAUUUCACAUAUAUCCAGAAAUCUUGGCAGCAUUCCUGUACAAGCAGUACGUCAAUCUCACAUCGUACAUGGGUGUCAGCUCAAGGACAUGCUGGACAUCACUGAGAAGUCACGAAAUGACUUCUCACAUGAACUGUGAGAGCCUAGGAGAACCGAUACAUUUCUACUUGGAAUUUAUCUGGUGGACAGCCGGUCUUACAGUUUUCUUCUUGUACCUCUUCGGAACAUACCUCAGUAAUCACGUAUUCAGUGGCAUUGCCACUGUCAUCUACUAUUUUGUCCUCCAUGAGAAUGCAAGUCGAGUGGCAGAAUUCCCACUGGCCAGGGAAAAUUUUGCCAUAUUGUUCAUCGUCUGGCAGAUGUUUUACCUCACAAUGUGCAUCGCCAGGCUCAACAUAAAAACAGUCCAGUGGAAUGCUACUAGGAUUCUCACUCAGAACUACAUUAUGAUCAUCAAAUUGGCUCUCUUGACAGCAGCUGCUCAUAUGUCUUGGCAAUUUUCAGCUGCAAUCUUUGCCACUCAGACCAUCGUGAUCUUCGUGAUGGUUGAACUUGAGUGGUUGCCACAGGAAUUUGUCCUGAAUUACUCACUCGCUCAUGUUCUGGCCAAUAUUUCUUGUUACUAUGCCAUGUUUGGCAAUCGCUACUUCUUCCUCUCUAUCAAUCAUUCCCUAAUUGUAGCCUUGAUCUUCUUUCUGCUGUUCCGCAAUAUGGAACGUGGUGAAGUUCAAAUGAGCAAACCGAAAAGAUUUCUCCAUGAUCUAUGCUUCUUCAUUAGCAUCACGUAUUUUGUCUCAGAUAUCACAGAUCGAAUGAGUGCAUCAUCCAGAAAGGAUUCCAGUGAAGAUAUCAAUGGUCACUUUAUCAAUCUUUUUCUCACGAAAUUUGGCCUAAAGUUGCCUAACUUGGUGGAAUUGCUCUAUCUCUGCAAUUCUUCCUAUGCCUUCCUGGACACAGACACCAUUGUUCAGUAUGUUACAGUGUUUGCACCUAAAAUUGUUCCGGUGCUACUGACGCUGUUUGCUGUGAAAUUUUGUUUGGGCAGGAAAAGGGGACAACGUCCGGGAGCUGAGGCUAUUGAGAGGGCUAAAAAUUACGUCACUGAGGAUUUUAUGGAAGAGAAUCUCGUGACAAUGGAAAAUUUGUCAAAUCCCAAGACAACAGCUGAACUCAAAGCUUGCUUGGAUUUGCUAGAAAAGUGUGACUAUGAUUAUGAACGCUAUAAAAUUGAAAAGGCUAAGAUUAAUCCAAAGAAUGAGGAGAAAAAGAUGUUUCUCUGGGAUGUGGAGAAGUUGAAGAGUGAGGGAAAGAGAAAUUCUGGAGAAACAGGUGGAAAAAAGGCCACUGCAAAGAGCAAAAUGCCCGAAGAAGAGCCGAAAACAAAGCCUGAUACUCCAGCAAAGCCACCUGGGACUCAAUUGGAUACUUUCUAUGUGUACAAUUUACUUCAGGCUAUGUUCUUCCUGUACUUUGCCUUGACAGUGGCCAAGCUGAAAUUUAUCUUGUCGCCAUUUAUUUGUCUCAAUGCAGCCAGUCUUCCACCCAGGAGGUGGUUUUUGGAUGGGACAAUACGCAUUUACUGGGUACUGACCCUCAUUCCACUCAUAAGUAGCAUUAUCUAUCCGGGACUGAGGAAUAUGCAGGAACAGUAUAGUCCAACAUCUGUGGACAAUUAUGAACUGGAGGAGCUACUGGAGUGGAUAAAUCACAAUACAGAGACAAAUGCAGUGUUUGCUGGACCAAUGGAUAUUACUCCAAUGGUUCUGGUGGCCACAAAACGGCCCAUUGUCAAUCAUCCGCACACGGAAUUUCUAGACAUGAAGGAACGCACGAGGAUUGUCUAUGCCAUCUAUGGGAAGCAACAAUCUGCUGAGAUUUACAAUGAACUGGCUAAGCUGAAAGUGCAGUAUGUGAUUCUGUCCAGAAAGGAUUGUUUCCUGUACACGAGUAAUGGCUGCAAAAUGUCUGAGAUUUGGGAUUAUUUGAUCCCAGAAGCCAAGAACAACCCACGCUUCUGCGCAGAUCUCUUUCAGGCGUCUGUUCCAAAUUUCCUUAAAGCCUUCAUCAACAAGAAAUUCCUCAUUCUGCAGAUCUUCUCGACGGUUCAACUUGAGCUAAAUCGCAAGAAGGUCAUCAUUUGAGAGACUUUUGUGUGUAAUGAUUUAUUUUAGGUUUUGACUCCUCUCUUCUCGGUAUACAUCAGUCAGAGAGAGAGAGCCCCAGAGACAAUUGCGAACGGGGCUCGGGGGCGGAUGUGUGUGAAAUAAUGUGUGUACGUUUGAUAACAAGACGAUAAUAAGUUCACAGGGUGAAUGCAAAUCUCAGAAUUGUUUUUGGACAUUUUUUUUCUAGUGAUUAGGAAAGUGAAAUUUGCAAUGUAAAUAAAUUAAUUUGCUUCAGUGAA